CGAGUGAGUUCCAAAUUAAAGGCUACAGACUGAAUCAAAAAAGAAGCAGCAGCAGCGAGCUUGUGUGGAGGGAUGUGGUCUUCUUCUUCUUCUUCUUCGUCUUUGUGUUUGUCUUUGUGUGGUGAGUUUUCAGCAGCAGCAACAGAAAGAAGAAGAAGAAAGAGAGAUGAAGUGUACGUAGCAGCAAUGGCAUUGAGAGGCACAAAAGGGCCUUCACAGUGGCUAAUGUCUGCAGCUGCUAACUCUCUCAAUUUGUGGGAUUUCCAACAUUUCAUGGUCAUCCUCAAACAUCAUUCUUCUCCUCAUCUCCACCAGGCUUUAGUUUGCGAUUUUCAGCCAAAAGAUCCGGAAAAUAUAUGGGUAGCUGCAACAGCAUUGUCUGGUAGAGAAGUACCAGGAGUCGUACUUGUCCGAGAGAUAGGGAAACUUCCGAAGAGAAAAUGCUGGUUUGUUGGUUACUCGAACAAAAGUUCAAUUGAAACAGUAAGGAAAUUCAAUAGCAAUUGGGAUACUAACCUCAAGAUAGGUCAGCAUGAUUGUCGAAAUUAUUGCGAAGGGUUGGUGGAGCACCUAAUAGGGGACAAAAAUGUGUUGGAGAAACUGAGGAAUAGAAUGCAGUGAAUGUAUAUGUAGAUAAUCUCUCUACUCCCAUCCAUCUCAUUUGUUAAUCAUAGAGAAAAUAUUGUGGCUUGUUUACAUUUCUCACUAUAUUUGUUUGUGUGUGGAUGAGAAUAUUUGAACGAACACAUAAUUAAUUCAUUGAACUUUCAUUCCCCUCAUUGUUGAGGCUGAACC